GAAAUUUAGCUGAAAAUUGGAGAAGGUUUAAACAGCAGUUUGAAAUCUAUCUGAUAGCAUCGGGUUUAGACAAAAAGGACGGAAAAGUUCAAGCAAUAGCGUUGCUACACGUGGCUGGCUAUGAAGCGUUGGAGGUGUAUAAUACAUUUCAGUGGGACACAGCAGGGGAUGAUGUCAAAGUUGAUAAAAUAAUGGAGAAAUUUGAAAGAUAUUGUAAUCCAAGAAAGAAUUUAACAUUUGAUAGACAUUCGUUUUUUACAAGAAACCAACAGGAAGGUGAGACAAUAGAUACAUACGUUACUGAACUAAGAAAAAAAGCCUCUAGAUGUGAAUUUGCUGAUCUUAAAGAUGGACUAAUUCGCGAUCGAAUUGUAUGUGGGAUAAUUAAUGACUCUGUAAGAGCACGUCUGCUCCGGAAAUCUGAUUUAAGCUUGGAGAAAUGUGUAGAUAUUUGAAGAGCAUCUGAAAUAAGUGCAUUCCAGUUGAAGGAACUUACUAAUGAAAAGUCAGUACAUGCAGUGCGGGUUGAAGAUAAGGCGGGUCAAAGUGAUACAUGGAAGGGAAAGAGAGAAGAGAAAAGGGAUAAAACUGGUAAUAAUAUUUGUAACUAUUGUGGUUAUCGACAUAGGAGAGGUCGUUGCCCAGCAUAUGGUAAGAACUGCACUAGAUGCAAAAAGUUGCAUCAUUUUGCCAGUAUGUGUAAAGCAAAAGAGAUAAACUUUAUUGAUAAAACUGAUGAAGAACAAGAUCAACAUUUUUUUAUUGGAACAGUUAAGUCGGAUGAAGCGAAGCAGGACGAUUGGUGUGUAAAUUUGAAAGUAAAUGAGCAUACCACCUCAUUUAAGAUUGAUACAGGGGCCCAGUGUAAUGUCGUGCCAGUGAACCUGUGUAGAAAAGUUGGAAUUGAAUAUAAUCACAAAACUGGAGCUAAGUUGAUUUCAUAUUCAGGUCAUGAUAUUAAGGCAGUAGGCAAAGCCACAAUUGCAGUUGAAUGCAAGAACAAGUAUUAUUUGCUGGAUGUACAAGUUAUAAACUCUGAUGUCAUACCAGUAUUAGGGUUGCCAAGCAGCAAUGAGUUAAAUUUAAUUCAGAGAGUUCAUAACAUUGAGUCAAGUAAUGACCAAACCACUGAAGAAAUUUUGGAAAAGUAUGAAUAUUUAUUUGAAGGAAUUGGUACUCUACCAGGAGAAUAUGAAAUUAAAAUUGAAGAGCCUGUCAGUCCAGCAAUUUAUCCACCAAGACGAAUUCCGCACCUGUUAAAGGAUAAGAUAAAAGAUGAGUUGAAUAGAAUGGAAGCAAGGGGCAUUAUAACAAAAGUUGAACAACCAACCAAAUGGGUUAAUCCAAUGGUGGUGGUGAAGAAACCAAAUCGUGAUGUAAGAAUUUGCCUUGGAUUUGAACAAGGUGAUUCAACGAGAGCAUUAUCCGUUAAAAACAGUUAAAGAGGUAGCAGCUAGCCUUGGGAAUGCAAACAUAUUUAGCACAUUGGAUGCCACGUCUGGGUUUUAUCAAAUAAAGCUUACAGAGGAAAGUACAUGGUUUACGACCUUCAAUACACCUUUUGGAAGGUAUAACGCCAGAGGUUUUCCAAAGAAACCAGCACCAAAGGUUUUCCAAAGAAAUCUGGCUCAGACUUUUGAGGAUAUCGAAGGAUGUGAGGUGAUCGUGGACGAUUUGUUGGUAUGGGGUAAGGAUGAGACCGAGCAUAAUGAAAGAUUAAAGAAGGUAAUAGAGAGAGCAGCUGAAGUAGAUUUAAGGUUUAACAAGGAGAAGUGUAGAUUUAACAAGAAGGAAGUGAGAUAUGUUGGACAUAUAUUUGGGAGUGAUGGUCUGAAACGAAAUCCAGACAGAGUUCAAGCUAUCAUAGACAUGCCAGUACCUCAGGAUCGUAAGAGUCUACAAAGAUUUUUGGGAAUGGUUAACUAUUUGAAUAAGUUUAUUCCGAACUUAGCAGAUAUAAGUAGACCACUUAGAGAGUUAAUGGAGUAUUCAGUGGCAUGGCACUGGAUGGAGAAACAGCAAGAAGCAUAUGAUAUUCUUAUUUCGUUGAUUGCUCAAGCGCCUGUGUUGAAGUAUUUUGACCUUGAUUCUGACAUUACAAUUUCAGUUGAUGCAUCUUCCGAAGGCUUGGGAGCUUGUCUGUUACAAGGAAAUCAGCCAGUAGCUUAUGCAUCACGAGCUUUAAAUCGGGCAGAGCGUAAUUAUGCACAAAUAGAAAAGGAGAUGCUUACAAUUGUGUUCGGUGCCACCAAGUUUCAUCAAUAUAUUUAUGGAAACACUGUGACAGUAGAGACAGAUCAUAAGCCUCUGGAAAGUUUGUUUAAAAAGGCACUUUGUAAAGCACAGCAACGUAUACAGAGAAUGAUGCUUAAAGUACAGCAAUAUGAUUUGAAGGUAAAAUAUAUACCAGGUGAAACAUUGUAUAUUGCAGAUACUCUUAGUCGUGCUAGUCAGACCAGUAUGUCGGAGUGCAUGGAUAAGGAAGAAUUUGAAGUUCAUUUAUUGGUACCAAUAUCACAAGAAAAAGCGGAAGAGUUUAAGAGGGAACUAGAUCGAGAUCCCAUUAUGGCAAAACUUAAAGAAACAGUGUUGCUAGGCUGUCCAGAUAAAAUAUCUGAAGUAGACCCAGAUGUACAAGAAUAUUGGAAUUUCAGAGAUGAAUUAUGUAUCUGUGACGGACACUUGUUUAAAAGGUGA